UCAAACAUUUUUCUCUAUAAAUUUGAAGACAAAUAGCUUCUCAUUACUACCACAAUUAAAACACAGAGCAACAACCAUGAGAGGAGUUGUAGACAAAUCUUGCAUUCUCUUCUUCCUCCUCCUCAUUUCAUCCUCCAUUUUUGCUCACUCAAGAUCGACAAAACUCGAUCAAAAAAAGCCAUGCAAACGCAUGGUCCUCUACUUCCACGACACAAUGUUCAAAGGCGACAAUGGAGCGAACGCGACAGCAGCCACCAUCGUCAACGCAAAUGGGACAGGCCUCGGCAACUCCAAGUUUGGAAAAACAGUUGUUUUCGAUGAUCCCAUUACAUUAGACAACAACUUUCACUCAACUCCAGUGGCACGAGCUCAAGGGUUCUAUUUCUAUGACAUGAAGACCACUUACAAUGCUUGGUUUGCGUACACUUUGAUAUUCAAUUCGACUCAGUAUAAAGGUUCAAUUAACAUUAUGGGUGCUGAUAUGAUGGAUGAACCUACUAGGGAUCUUUCAGUGGUGGGUGGGACUGGUGAUUUCUUCAUGGCUAGAGGGAUUACCACUUUUAAGACUGAAGAAGUUGAAGGUGCUGAUUAUUUUCGUGUUCAAAUGGAUGUUAAGUUGUAUGAAUGUUAUUAGAUUUGACAAGGUUGAUUGUUGAGUGAAUCUUGGUUUGUUGUCUUUGUUGGGUAAGUGUUUGGUUUGAUAAGCCCAAUGACUUGUACUACUAAUGUCUGAGAAGUGAGAAAAAUAAUUUUAUGUAACAUUCUCUUGGUUUCGCUUUUUUUAAUA